AUGGGACGACUCCUUCCACAUCCUAAUAUUCUUUCUGUUCUUGAUGCUUUUGAAGCCGGUGACAGUCUUUAUACCGUAACCGACAUGAUAUAUGGACGAUUAGUUGACAUUUUCGAUAAGAAUCUUUAUCAUUUUGUCACAGCGAAAAUUGUCUAUCAGCUCUUAUCGGCUUUAGAACCAUUGCAUUCAAAAGGAUUCCAUCAUGGAAACAUCACAUGGAACUCUGUUUUUAUUAACACGGAUGCGGUGCUGAAAUUGUCUUCCUACGGUGAUGUAGCUCAAAAUGCUAGUGAGGAAAAGUUUAGAGAAGACAUCACCUCUGUCGGAUCGAUACUUGCACGUUUACUACUUGAAGAAGGGUCUUUCUUGAAGCUAUCAAAAAUCAAAAGUCAUAAUGAGCUGGAAUGGCGAACGAUCCUGCAGGGCAAUGUCGAAUCGGGUCUUGUUGAUGAGUUGAUUAGCUACCUCGCAAAGAAUAUACAAUUUUUCAGUAAAAUUCAAAAUGAGUAA